GAUCUCAUUGUAGUUAUGGAAAUAAAAUGUUUCUUAUUGAAAGAAUUUUAUAUCGACCCUGCAGACAACAUCAUGUCAGACUCCGAUAGUGAAGGUGUACCAGACCUGGUCGAGUCAUCAGACGAGGACGUCACAAAGACAAGUCAACCCUCUAAACCUGCAAGUGAGUAUAUGGAGAUCUGGUUGAAGAAGAGUGACCGUUUUCUGGACCGACAGGACAGCCAGAUCCACGUCCUGUGUUUGGGACCUUUCCUGCUGGGACUGAAUAACUUUGUCCAGAAGCCCUGGAUUCAGGCACUAAAGGAUGUUAAACUCCUGGAGGGAAAUAGAGAGAGUGAGAUAACCCCCUUGUCUUGGACAGAGUGGGACUCGGUAGAUUUGGUGGAACAGGUUUUCUUAGUGAUGCAGAGAAAACUAAGGAAACAGUCUUACUUAAUGGCCUGCCUUGAUCUGGUAGACAAAGUGGAGGAAGGAAUGAAGGAAAAAAUCCAGGUGGAAGGCUGUAUUAAACUGGUAGAAGACGCGGAAAAGAUUGUGAAGAUGUGGAAUAAAAUGAACAAGUCCUCCUUGUGCAAAAAGAAUGAGAAACAAACCAAAUUUGCAAUCAUUUAUGUUGCCAAAGUUUAUCAUAUUUUGAUUCUUGGAGUCGGUAGAGAUUCUAAGGACAUGGGAGAGGAGUUCCGAAGGAAUCGACGAAAGAGUCAUUCAGUUGAUCCGUCUAAAUAUAAGGACACAGGGAACGAGCAAUAUCAGCGUGGUAAAUUUGAGACCGCUGCUGACUACUACACCAAGGCAGCCAAGGCAGACCCAUUUAAUCACAUUUACUUUGGAAAUCGGGCACAGACUUACACAAAGUUGAAGAAACAUGAGGAUGCAUUGGCAGAUGGUCGAAGGGCUGUCACACUGAAACCAGACUACUGCAAAGGACACUAUAGGUAUGCCCAAGCCUUUGCUGAUCUGGAUAAACUGGAUUAUGCCAUAGCUGUCAACAAGAAAGGCUACAUCUUAUGUAAGAAGUCACGCAACAAGAAUAUCAGCGAAACCAAUCUCAAUGAACUAGAGCAACAAGGGAAGCGACUCCAUACAGAGAGAGAACUAAAGAUUCGAGAGGAGCGGGUUAGAAUGGUACUGGAAGAUAAAGAAUUUGCUGAUAAUUACAUCGAUGAAGAGCUGCCUGCUGAACUGAGAAAUCUUCCUGGAAGGAAACGAGUGAUAAAGCUGACUGAUGCCAUCAAAGUCCUCAAUCAGAGCACUAAGUCCAACAUAGAAAUCCCUGAUGUUCCUACCAGUGAUUCCUCGGCUGAUGAAGAGGAGCCUGUCAAGAAACUGCCAGAAAAGAAGGGAAAGAAUAAAGUGCAAGAAGAAUGUGUAGCUACAAUUGAGCCAGACCUAACUAGAGAGCUUAGAAGUUUUAGUGAAGAGCUGGAACAGAAGAAGAGAGAUCUGUGUAUGAGUAUAGAGGUCCUGGAGAAGGAACAGGAGUUAAGGAACCUAGAGAAAGAACAAGAAAUGAGGAGUCUAGUGAAUAAGUUCCAGAGAGGAAUUGAGGACAGUAAAGCUAACCUGGCAAGAUUUGGCUUUGUGGUGGACGACAAUGUGGCAGAUGAUGCUGACGAUGACGAAGAAGAUGGGGAAGGAAAUAGUAAUAAUAACGCACAGACUAAGAAAGAGAAGAAAAGAAAAGGGGAUAAAAAGAUCAAGAGACAAGGGGAGAGCCCUACUCCAGUUUUAAAACAGAAGAGAGAAAAGGCCCCAGAAGUGAACAAAGAGGCUGCAGAGUUGAAGAGAUACCUAAGAGAUGGAUAUGAGAAGUACUCCAACGGAGACUCACAGAAUGCCGUAACAGAAUACAACAAAGCUCUUAAAAUGAUUAACAAGCACACACUCAAGCAAUUGCUUAUUGAGAAAGUGAAUGUGGUGGCCACCAAAUAUGCCUAUGGAAUCUCAGCAGUAACAGCAGGAAUUUAUAAGAUGAUCAUGGAGGGAGUUGAGAAGUUUAACGACAUUCGAUCAAAGCAUGCAGAUGUUAGAUUUCCUCUGGCAUAUUAUGGACUAGGGAAAGCAUACACAUCUCUCAACAGAUAUGGGCAGGCAGUAGAUUUUAUAAAGCACGGCCUUCACAUGGUAAAGAAUGUCAAGUGUUUAGUCUUCUACUGGCCAGGAACAACCGUAACCAUUGAGGAAAGUGUGCCAGAAACACUGCUUGCAUUGCUGACAGAUUUAUUGCAUUUGGCCCUGAACCCCCCUCCUCCGGAUGCUACAUGUAGAAUACACUGUGACAGUGAUGAUGAUCGAAUUGUAAUCUAUCAAUCAGACCAUGAUUAUAAAGGAUUUGUCAGAGUAAUCUGUCAGGCCAAAUGUAAAAUAGAGUUCCAUUAUAACUGUUGGAGAGUCUUCAAAUCCAAACAGGGAGAAAAAAUUGGGGAUAAGGAUAUGUUGGAAAAACCAUGUCCCACCCCUAACUGUGAUACAGUCAUUGUGAAAAUAUCGAUCUUCAGACCAGACACUAAUGAGAAAACUUUUGAAUCAGAGAAAAUGGAAACAAAUAAGAAGCAGGAUAAAAAGAAGAAACCAGUAUUGAAGAUGCCUCCAUCGAGUCAAGAUAAAAUUCAGAAAAAGAUGGAGAAAAAAGAACAGAAAAUGAAAAAGAAGAUGGAGAAUAAAGAGGAGAAAUUGGACCUUGUGGAGGACAUUGAUCAGAUGAUUCAGGAGGAUAAAGCUGAAAGCCAGAGGUCUUGUGUGGCAGCAGGAGGAGAUGGGGAGAAAGGGGAAGUCAUUCUCCCUGAUCACACAAAGCCAGUCUCUGUUCUUCGCAAAGAUGAUGAGGAUGUAAAACUCAACAAGUAUAAGGGAACAAAGAAACAGAAGAACAAGAAGAAGAAAGAGAAAGCUGCCAAACAGACAAUCCCUUUGGAAGUGAACUUUACAGAUGAAAAGGAGAAGACUUUGCUGAAUGAACAUUCCAUUCCAGACUCUCCAACUAAAGACUUUUCUGUACCAACAAAUAUUCAUGAAAAGGUUCAAGCUUUUGAAAACUCGUAUGAAUCCAAAAUGGGGAAGACCUUAUAUGAUGAAAUAACAGAAAAUCUUUUCUCAUUUUUUGAGGAUCUUCUUAAGGCACAUGGACCACUUCAUAUUGAGGAUGGUAAACUUACCUCCAUGAUUGAAGAUUUCCCAAAGGAUGCUAAGGAAAAAAUUGAGCAAGUGGGAGGACUAAGCAAUUUCCUUAAACAGUCAUUGAAAUUUGCAAUGAUAGAUGACAUUGUGUGUUUGUUAAAGGAUUCUGUUAAAGCUCGAGAAAUAUCACUGGCUCGUGGCCAAGCCAGGCAGACGUUAAUAUCAACUAACUCAAAUAAUGCGUGGAAAACUGUGGGAAAACAUUCAAACUCUGCUAGUGAUAAAUUUUCUUCUUCCUCUUCUUUCAAUUCAUCUGCAAGUUGUGUGACAAGUGAAGAAAAAAUCAAACCAUAUCACAGUCCUUAUCCUGUUAUAGCAUCUGGUGUGGAUUCAUUAGACGACUUUGGUAGCGUAAUAAAAAAAGGAUCCAUCGCAAGUUUGGACGAUGAUUUUGACUUGGGGCCAAUAAGAUCAGGCUCCAAAAUGGACAGCAUUGAUGACAUUCAUUUAAUAUCACCAACAAAAAAGAAAAAAGGUAAAAAUAAGAUCAGUCUGAAGGAACUGGAUGCUAUAGAUUCUCUGUCUUCAUGCUCUGAUAAUGACAGUGAUUCAGCAAGUGAUGAUGGGACAGAGAGCCUUAAUUCUGAUUUUUCUAGCACGAGAUCAGGCAAAGCAUCCUCCAGUGUCAAGCUUCAGAGUGAGAACGGAAGAUUAGGGGACUUAAAACAAAACCUGGAUGUAUCCAGUCGGAGUAGUUCCAAGUCGGAUCUGAGUGAAAAAUCUGGAAGUGAUUUAUCUUAUGAUCUUAUGGCAAAAGCUUACAGGAAUUCUCCAGUUGCAUCCACAUUUGUGAAGGACAAAUCUUUAUUUUUGUCCAGUUCACCUACAGUGUCUGAGAAUGGACGUGCUGCAGAUAAAACUUGGCAAGGACUUGCUGUGCCACAGCCCCUGAAAAUCCCUUCUCAGUUCUCUCAGAGACCCCCUGUUAUGUCGCUCCAGUCAGAGGCAAGUAUUGCUGCAGAAAAGGAGAUUAAUAGAAUAGACACUGAAAUGGUGAAGGAGAUUGCAGAUGACGUGGUUGAAAGACUCUUUUCUGGGAAGAACGUUUCUCCAGCUGAACGUCAGGAGACAUAUAACCGUGUCACACAAGACAUAUGGAAAGACUUCAAGAAAAAACAAACUUCAGCUUCCUCAGUUUGGCCAUUAGACAACAAGUCUCUGUACUCACAAAUGUCUAUGACUGCUUUGGAUAAUAGACAGAAGAAAACUUAUGCUGAACAUUUCAUGAAAAGUCAUUACCAAAAAAAUUUGACUGACCCUUUGCAACAAACACCAGCCGGUCCUCCAUCCUCUUCCAGUUUCCCAUAUCCUAGCAAACCUCCUAUCUCCACAGUGGACAACAGUUUUCCAGCUUUACACACAAUGGACAGAAUUCCCCCUCCCCUCUCUUUACCUGUAUCUUUGUCAUCGGCCAACAGUUACAAUUCCAAUGCACCACUCUCUACAGUGAACCGUAGUAUCUGGUCCAGUUCAUCAGGGACUAGUGUCAGUCAGGGAAUUCCCAGUAUUCCAAAUAUUUCAAAUUUUUCUACACCCCCACCCCCUUUAAAUCUUCCAUCUUUUGCAUCUGGACCAUUUAGUAGUAUAUCUAUAGGGACAUCAGUAACUGAAACGUCUGUUUCGUCUACUUUGUCCUCUGUAUUUGGGAGUCAUGCUGAUAAAGACAGUCAAACCUUUGUGGAAACCCGAGACUGUGAGAUGAACACUGAUCCAUACGAGCCAUACAGGAUAGAAUAUUUACGUAGUCAAGAAGAUUGUGAACAGAUGAAGAACAGUGUGGCCAGAUUGCAGUCUCAAGUCCAGGAACGAGAUGCCAUGCUAAGGGAAUGGACCAUCAAAGCUCAGUCCUUGGAAACAGACUUCAAAGGAAGAUCACUUCAGCAGGAGAUGGAGAAAAGAGAAUUAGAUGAAAAAGUUCGGAUUUAUGAACAAGAAAUUUCCCACCUGAAUACAGAGCUUACCAAACAAACCUCAGUUAUUCUAGAUUUACGGGAGAAGAAAAAUCAAACAGACCAGAGAUAUCUUGAUCUUCAAAAACAACAACAUGAUGAAAGAUAUCGAACAUCACAAUUAGAUCUAGAGAAGAUAGAAGCUGUAAGACAUAGAGAGGAACUUCGAAAACUCAGAGAAGAAGAAAGUGAGCGGGCAAUAAGAGCAGAGGUGGAAUUGCUGCAAGUCAAGAAAAACUUCACAUUACAAAUGCUGGAGAGAUCCAAGAUGGAGUACAUGGUGUAUAAAAAUAAAGUCUCUGUGAUUGUCAAAAGGAGGGAGGACGAAGGUAAAACACUACCUCUGGGCCUAAAGCAGCACCUUGAUCAGUACGAAGGAAUUAUACAGAAAUGUGACGAAACCAUCAGCAGGCUUAAGAUUGACUUUGAUGCCCAUAUACAUCAGAUCCAAGGAGGGAAGAGGAUGAGUGAACUGCCUCAGAUCUUCAUCCCCCCUCCUCCCCCACAACCACAGAUGCCUAAUUUGGACUUGCUAACAGGACAGACUAUGACCAGCACAGCUAGUGCUCCUUCAUUACUAGCCCUGGCCACUGGUUCCCUUUCUGGUGGUGCCAUGUCCAAGUCCUCCCCCUCCCCUCCACUGAGUUCCUCUCAGUCUUCUGCCUCCAACAUUCUACCUCCAUCUAUCCCCAGUGUACAAGCAGUUCCUCAGCCCAAGCCUCUUGGGUUACCCACAGGUGUGGCCGGCUUGUCUCAGCGCCCCCUUGUUACCCCACCUAUCAGCUCCAUGUUACCUCAGAUGUCUCAGGGAGCAGGGCCCCAAAUUCAGCACAAGACAAGUAACUUUGACAAACUGAUCAUCAAGCUGCAGGUGGCUUUCCCUAAAUACAACAGAGCUAUUUUCACCCAGUUGAUUCAGGAGCUGAGGACAAACAGAGGAGGGUCCUUGUCUGGUAUGACUCUGGAUGAGAUUGUGUCCCAGAUAACGGACCUGAUACAUCACCACGAGAGACAGCAGGGCAGGAAGCCUUCUGUAGUGGCCACACAACAGGAUACAAUAACUCCUGGAUUUCCUGAUGACCGUAAUAGAUCCCUGGUACCCCCUGGCCUCUCUCCCUCCUGGGGCCUCCCUGGGACUGACCUGUCCAGUCUGGGGGUCACCAGUGAGGUGUUUGAGGAGGAGGAGGACCCCUGUGUGAUCUGUCAUGAGGAGAUGACCGUCGACACUACUGUCAUGCUGGAGUGUAAACACAGAUUCCAUGAUGAGUGUAUCAGGAAAUGGUUGAGAGAACAGAGCACCUGUCCAAACUGCCGAAUCAUGCCCUUCUACCAGACGAGACCAAAGGUCAUCCUGAAGUCCAUAUCUGGAGAGUUUCGAUCAGGGGAGUUAACUGCUAUAAUGGGGCCAUCAGGAGCAGGAAAAUCUUCUCUGAUGAAUAUAUUAGCAGGAUACAGAACCUUAAAUGUGACUGGAAAGAUCCAUGUCAAGGGUAAAGACCGAGACUUACGGACGUUUCGGAAGAUGUCGUGUUACAUCAUGCAGGACGACCACCUGCUUCCUCAUCUAACGGUCGAGGAGUCCAUGAUGUGCUCAGCCAAUCUAAAACUCACCGAGAAAAUGUCCACCAAAGAGAAAGAAGACAGGGUGGAUGAAAUCUUGGAAACUCUGGGACUCCUGGAAACCAAGAAGACGAGAACCAGUAAUUUAUCUGGGGGCCAGAGGAAGCGACUGUCCAUCGCCCUGGAGCUGGUUAACAACCCUCCCCUCAUGUUCUUUGAUGAGCCCACAAGUGGAUUGGACAGUGCCUCCUGUUUCCAGUGUGUGUCCCUCCUCAAGUCUCUGGCCGCGGGGGGACGCACCAUCAUCUGUACCAUUCACCAGCCCAGCGCUAAACUGUUUGAAAUGUUUGACCAUCUGUACAUGUUGGCUGAGGGUAACUGUAUAUACAGAGGGACCAUUAAGGAUCUUAUCCCCUACUUUGCCUCACAGUCUUUGAUGUGUCCUCAGUACCACAACCCAGCUGAUUAUGCAAUGGAGGUUGCCUCUGGAGAAUAUGGUGAAGAAAAAGUGAUCAAGUUGAUUUCCUCUAUACACAAUGGAAAAUGUGAGGAGAUAGCCCAGAGGAAUGCUAAGCUUGGGGAAGGCAGCAGGACCCCCUCCCCACCGGCCACACCUAACAACAACUCUCAGGGUAAUGGGGUCAUUCCCACCACCCCUCAGGAAUCGGAAAAACAGAGUCUGCUAGGGGAGGAGUGUGAAAAAUUUACCAAUGGAAAAGUCUUACAAUCCAAUGGUUCCCUCAAGUCUAAAAAGGACCAGGAUGUACAGGAUCAGGAGUGUCACACGUUUGCCACCAGUUGCUUUACACAGUUCAGGAUUCUGUUUGUUAGAACUCUGCUCUCCAUACUCAGGGACACGACUCUGACACGUCUCCGUCUGAUUUCUCACCUGACCGUGGGGAUCCUGAUUGGUUUGCUGUACCUAGGGAUUGGGAAUGAAGCCAGUAAAUGGCUGAACAAUGCCAGCUUCCUAUUCUUCUGCAUGCUGUUCCUCAUGUUCACUGCUCUCAUGCCCACGGUCAUGACUUUUCCAAUAGAGAUGGCUGUAUUUGUGAGAGAACACUUAAACUACUGGUACAGUGUAAAGGCUUACUACUUGGCAAAGACCAUGGCAGACAUGCCAUUCCAGAUAAUUUUCCCACUGGUGUAUGGUAGUAUAGUGUAUUGGAUGACAUCACAGCCCAAUGAUUUCUCCAGGUUUGUGAUGUUCCUUACCCUGGCUACACAGACGUCACUGGUGGCUCAGUCCUUGGGACUCCUCAUAGGGGCUGCAACGUCACUACAGGUGUCUGUGUUCCUGGGACCAGUGACAGCCAUUCCUAUCCUGUUAUUCAGUGGAUUCUUUGUCAACUUUGACACAAUACCUGUGUAUCUACAGUGGCUUUCUUAUAUAUCUUAUGUCAGGUACUCCUUUGAGGGAGUUCUACAAGCUAUAUACGGCUUUGGCAGGGACACCUUAGAGUGUGAUAAGCAGCCAUGUUACUUCAGUAAACCAGAGGAAAUUCUGGAACAGAUGGAUGUACAAAAUGCCAAAUUCUACAUCGACUUCAUUGUCCUGUGUGCUUUCUUUAUUAUCCUCCGAGUCGGUUGUUAUUUUGUCCUAAGGUGGAGAGUCAAAGCAGAGCGUUGAUUACUUAAAAAAAAUAUUUGAAAGAAAUUGCUAUGAAAACACAGCAAUUUGUAACUGUACGUGCACUUGAAUUUGAAAUGUCAUUAUACUCAUU